AUGGAUUUCAAUAACCCUAAUGCGUACGGCGGCCAGUUUGCCAAUUCCCCGCAACACGCCCAAUUUGAUCCGCAAGCCCGCCUCCAGCAGCAACCCUCCACGCCCGGCCAGUAUGCGCAACAGGGCCCGUUUCCGGCCAUGGGUGGCGCCAUGGGAAAUAGUGUAAUGCAGCCUGGAGCCCCGUAUCUCCAGCAGCGAGGUAAGCCGCAACAGCACCACCAGCUGUCGUCGCCCAGCCCCUACUCGACCGCGCCCUUUGCCCAGCCCAUGCCCUCGCCUGCCCACCAGCAAUUCGCCCAGAACCGCCAGACGGCCUCGCCCGCCAGCGUCACGGGACAGCCGCCCUUUGCGACGCCCCAGCCCCAGCCCUCGCCCAGCAGCCUGCCCUCAAACGGCCAGCACACGCCCAUGAACCUCCAGCUGCCCGUCAAGUCGGACCCGCCCCAGGUCCACACGCCCGUCAAGCCCGUGCCGCCCUCGCCCAUGUCGCCCGUCACCCCGGCGCGUACCCAGGACCGCGUCGCGACGCUGCUCGAGAUCAACAGCAUCCUGAUCAAGGACGUGUGCGACCUGCAGGCCCAGGGCAAGUCGGGCCAUGUAGGCGCCACGCCCGACAGGAAGCCAGAGGGCGAGAAGGCCCAGCCAUCCAAGGACUACAUGCGCCGUCUCCAAGCAAACCUCGCCUACCUCGCGCAGAACGCCGAAAAGGUGCCCAAGCCAGGCCAGCAAAUGCAACCGGGGCCCGCCAUCAUGUCGGUGCCCGCGUCACACCCGGAGCUUGCCAAACUAUACACCAAGCUCCAAGAGCUGUUUCCCGGCUGGAAGGGCCAGACGGGGCAGAUGAAGCAAUCGCCGGGCCCACAACGCGUCGGCUCAAAUACAGUACAGCCGCCGAAUAGCGCUGGCUUGCAGCCAAAUUGGGGUCAGAAUGCUCUACAGCAAAGUUUGCAACAAGCACAACAGCAAGCGCAGCAGCAGCAGCAGCAAACAUUACAGCAGCCCAAACAAGAAAGUCAAUAGACGUGGUAGAAGGGGGGGAUGGGAACGAGACACGAGCUUUGUUUGUUCCAUUCGCAGGCCGUAUGGACGAGUCAAGCGUUCAUGUAAUUGUAGAUAUACCUCUUUUUUU